AUGAGAAUCUGACCGACUACAAUACUUUUUAUCAACAAUAGCUUUAUGUCUUGAAAAUAGCAUGUAAAUGAUCAUUGAGCUCUUUUGCUAAUCUUCUUAUAAGUUUCCUCUUUCAAUUUGUGCCUCUUCACUUCAACAUUUUGGUAUACAUUUUCUUCCGGUUGCAUGUACAGCUGCAAAACUUACGUCUGAGACCUUGUGGACAAAAACUCGAUCUCUUUGAUUUGGGAGUUGAAGCCAGCACAACAAACUGUGUUGGUUUCAUAUUCUUUCUGAUCAAUUCACAGAGAAAACUUCCCAAUCCUCUUCAAUAUGGCGCGAAUCAAGGUUCCCCCUAUUGCGACUCAAGAUUCUACUUCUAAUAUCGAGAAAGGAGUUGGCUCUUCCGAGUCUCAAGAAACUUCAUCUAGUUCUUUUACAUCAUUUUCCUCAACGCCAACUUGUCCAAAUUGUAGUAAUACAUUCGCGGAACUAUCAGAUACAGUAAGUCCAUCUCUAUAUACUCCUAUCCCAUCACGACAAUCUUUUCAUAUUCACAAUAUGUAGGACUUUCUCAAUCACGUGGCUGCGUGCAGUCGGCCAUCCACAGCGGAAUCAAUAGGAACGGUUACUACUUCGGGUAGUUCUCUAUCACCACCUCCUACUUCACCUGGAAACUUAAUUGCUACAUCAAAAUGUUUUUCCAAUGGAGAUGGGCCAAAAGCAGAUUUGCAUUUCGACUACAACGCGGCUCAAGAGCCUGCAAUUGCUAUUGCUAAUGCCGACGAAGAAGAUCCUAAUUCCAAGGAUCAUAAUCUGAUUCAACCAUAUAUCGACCCGAAAUCCGAAUUCGACUACUAUGAUCAAAUCGAAGGCCAUGAGGAAAUUGAUGUAGACAUCAAUGACCCUGAUAUCGGCCUUAAGUUCAAAUAUCCUAAACUUCCGGCCAUUUCAAACUUCGAAAAAUACCUCAAAAAUCCUAGCGAAAUGUCAUAUGAUGAAUUGUACAAAAGAGCCGAGAUAAUUAGUACAGUAAGUCAUCGUCGCUGUUUCAUGGCCUCGAGUUUAUUUUUUGUAAUUUUACAUUGGAUGUCCUAGUCCAUACUGUGCGGCGUGAAACACAACGACUAAUUAUUAUCAUAGAAUGUUUUAGCCAUUUGGCAAAAGGAGUUUGAUGCAAUUGAUGAAGAAAUUUAUGCAUAUGAAUGUCAAGAGAGGGAACGAGUGCAAAUGGAAAAAGAAGCCGAGAAAGCCGUAGAAGAGGCAGACAGAGUCGCCGAGCAAUUGGAAAGAGAUGACCUGGUUGCUUUGGCAAAAGACUACGCCGUUGUAUUAAAAUCAAAGGCCCCUGAAUGGACGGCUUUCAUGAAUCAAUUUGACGAAGAUGAUGAAUUUCGCCUACGUCUUGAAAGCCUUCGGGACCCACAAUUCAGGGCGAAACUUCAGAGGCAAGCUUUCGCUAGGGAACAAGAAAACAAAAAGCUUAAGCAAAAGGAACUGAAAGAGUCGAGCAAGCCAAAACUUCUCAACGAGCCCUUGCCUGAGAUCAAACUGACCAAAGAGGAGAUAGAAGCCGAGAAGAGAAAAGUAGGACGCUUAAUAGAUCCCACGAAAUGGGACGAUAUGAAGCAGGCAGAUGUAUACGGUUUCGAAUAUUCUUCGCAUCCAAAACAUCUUGGUGCGCAACCAAUUCCUACAGCGUCUAGAAAGCGUGGUUUGGGUGAAGUAGACAUGUCAGAAGGUAGAAGUGGUCGAGCUCAACGAAUGGCGACCAGGAAGAUGUACGACCAGAGUACACCAGAAGAUGAAUCGGAUGGUUUGCCAGCGAAACGACAACGAAAGAUCCGGGUACUUGACGAUGCUAUCGGAGAGUUGUCGAAGACUUCUCGAAAACAAAGCAGAAGUCAAACCCCCAUCAGGAGAACCUUUCCAUCUGGAAAGCCCAUCGGAAGACCGCCAAAAUCGCUUUCGAAGCUCAAAGAUGUUCAACUUGCUUCUGGCGAAGAUGAGCCACCGAUGCUUGAAGACGAUGCUCCUAAAGACGAAGAUAUUUCUCGACACCUCCUGCCGUCCGAACAGGAACAGCUGCAGCAAUCGGCCGAAUCACUCGUCAACCAGAUCGCGGAGGAAUUACCAGUUGAACCGGUUGUGAAAAAGAAGCAUGCAGGUGGUAGGCCACGGAAGCAUCCACUUCCUGUUCCUCCUCCUGUGGCUGUUGUUGACAUUAUACCCCCCACAGAAGAAGUUACUAUAGCGCCAUCUGAGACCCCUGCGGCAAUCGUCCCCCCUAUAAAGCCAAGGGCUAAAGUUAUCAAACCAAAGAAGCAUCCUGCCAAGUCAGCCAAGUCCAGCAAGUCCGGUAGUCGAGUUAAGAAGGAAGCUAAUGUCGAGCCAAGUGCUGAAACUGAGGAAGAAAAUGCAAUCCUGCCAACUACGGAACAUGACGAGGAUUCGGACUCGGAAGCAACGGAAGCUAUCAAUUCAAGGCCCGGCAGCUCAUCGUCGCAAUCAACUAUUUCUUCUUUUGGUAAUCGUCAAAUCAACCGCUCUUCCACUCGUGAACAGACCCUAACACGUGAAACUCGGAUAGCUACUCGAAAACGUGCAGCUGCAUCUAUUGAAAAGUCUGUCUCAAUUCAGGAAUCUCCUAAGAAAGUUCGAGGAAAGCGUAAUAGUGGAUCAAGCGAAACUCCUGUCGCCACUUCUCAACCACAAAAGGCCCGAAAAUCAAGUAAAAAACAGGCAACAAUCGAAGAAGAUGAAGUGGAGCCGUCACAAGAACCAGUCAUCAAAAAAGAAGCGACCCCUGGCGAACAUCCAAUCAUUUCACCACCAUCAUCCCGAACUAAGCGCAAGCGAAUUUCUGAAGCCAUUGCCGAAGCGCCAAGCGCUUCUCCUCCCAAAAAGGCUCGCAAAGGUCGUCCUAGUAAAUCAAUGUCAACACCCUCAGAGGGGCUUCAUUUUAUCUCCGCCUCAUCGCCUAAGAUCAAGGUAAACAAGAAGGCCAAAGGACCUCUUGCAAGAAUCCUUCCACCUCGUGAACCGAGCACUCGUGCCCGUCGUGCCCCAAAAGCUAUUCGAAAUGCCGACAAUGCUGACGAGGAGGAUGAGGAUGGAGAUGAGUUGAACAUGCCAGCAACGGAAUAUGAAAGAUACCAAGCACUGGCUGAUCCAAGAAGCCCCAUCACACUAGGAAAGAGGGUUCGGAAAAGCGUCAUUGAUUUAAGAAAAGCGAUGGAAGGCGGUGAUGACGAUGAUGGAGAUGAUGAGUUUGAUGGGUGAUUAGGUUUGACAUCAUCGAUAGCUUCCGUCAUGAUGGCCAAAUCCCCAGAUCUGACUAUUUAUGUCCAUGACCCUCAUUCCACGUUUGGAUCGGACGUCCCUCCCUACAUUGACUUGCCUUAUAGCUGGUUGAUACCCUCCACAAAAAUAGCAACCUGAGGUUGUUGCUACCUUUCAUAAUUGGAAGCAAACAAGUUUAAUUUGUUCAUCGAAUUUGUCGGUCGAGCUUAUAUAAACCAGAAUGGGCCUGGAAUUAUCGAGUCAGGCUCCUUUCACGAUAAACGACUACUCGUUAAAACACCACGUACAUAAGUUGGGCGGACUUCAUGGAGUACUCCUGCUAAUUUUCUUUUUCUUUUUUGGCUUACCAUCAUUUUCUCCACUUGUCCAUAAUCAAGACACGCAAACCAUUGGACAUAUCACUCCCCGCGCUCUCUUUGGGCUUUGGCGAAAGGAUCGGGUUUAACCUUUUUCUAUAUAUGCAAACAGGCGGAUGGGGAUUAAUAAUUUAAUCAUUAACAUUGUUUCUCAGGGAUAAUAGGCGGAUGGAUGGGGUCUUCGUAUUUCUUAAUGGGUACAUGGUACGGACUCGGAUCUUGUAUGGAAGAUUCUUGGAAUUGGGACAAAAAGGCUUUUUCUGUUUAUACAUCUGUCUCAUGGCCGCCUUGGAGUUUCUGGUUAAAGGGCACCGGGAUCGUUUUCAUUUUUCUGAUUUCUUGUCUCGUCAGUUUUGUACAUACGAUUAUAGGAAUGCGGGUGUUGGUACCAACUUGAGGUCUGAAAUAUAUAGAUAGCGCAACAAAAAUG